ACAUCAAAACAAAUUUUCAGUGAUCUUAAAAAAAAAAAAAAACAAAUCUCAGUGUAUAAAAACUGUAAACCAAAAUCCAUAUUAGCAUAAUACUGAAAAUGCAAGAGAAGACAAUCGAGCUACAACGAUGUCGAGUUUCUCCGGCGGAGGAGCCAACCGCCACGAUGACGUCACUCCCGCUAACGUUUUUCGAUAUGGAGUGGAUAAACUUCCAUCCCCUCCGGCGAGUCUUCUUCUACGGUUUCCCCUGUUCACACACACAUUUCGUCGACACGAUAAUCCCGCAGAUGACGAAAUCUCUCUCACUAACUCUCAAACACUAUUUCCCCCUCGCCGGAAAUUUAAUCUACCCUCUGAAUUCUUCGGACGCGCUGCCGGUUCUCCGCUACAGGCCCGGCGACUCGGUUCCGUUGACGUUCUCUGAAUCCGUUCGAGUUUCCGAUUUCGAUUACCUCUCAGGUCAUCAAUCCAGGGAAGCUGAUGAUUUCUACGCUUAUGCCCCCCACCUGCUCGAUAAAAUUACUGAACCAGAUUCGGAUGACAUAAUAAUCCCACUUCUAUCGCUCCAGGUGACACUUUUUCCAGAAACAGGCAUUUGUAUCGGAAUCGCCUGCAAUCACGUUGCAACUGAUGCAAGAAGCACUUUCGAUUUCAUGAAAGCAUGGGCCUCGAUCACGAAACUUGGUGGCAGUGAUUCGUCUUUCGCCGGACCAUCUCUUGAUAGAUCCCUAAUCAAAGAUCCACACGGAUUGUCGAUCAAGAAAUGGAACAAUAUAAAGAAGAACAAAAUCGAGCCUCCACUUUCACGGAUCCCGAUUCCCACUAACCGAGCCCGCUUCACUUUCGUUUUAUCCCACAAAGACAUCGAGAAACUACGGGCUUUUGUUCUCGAGAAACGGCCUAAUCUCGUUCAUUUAUCAGCCUUCACACUGGCUAGCUCGCUCGCAUGGACUUGCAUGGUGAAAUCGGAAAACUCCAUUGCUUGCAUUGACGAAGACGAAUCUCUGUAUUUUGCGUUUCUUGCCGAUGCAAGACUUCGAUGCAACCCACCAUUACCGGAGGGUUAUUUCGGUAAUUGUUUGGCUUCAGGUUUUAUUGUAGAAUCGAGAAACGGGGAUUUGAGAGGGGAAAAUGGAUUCUUGAUUGGAGUCGAGAAGAUUGGGGAGCUCAUUAGGAGAAAGGCGAACGAUAAAGAUGAGAUCUUUGUAGGUGUCGAGAAGUGGUGGGAGAAUUACGCGGGGUUGGCCGGAAAACGGGUUAUCGGGGUGGCAGAGUCAUCGAAGAUUGACGUGUACGAUGCUGAUUUCGGGUGGGGGAGGCCUAAGAAAUUCGAGUUUUUGUCUAUUGAUGAAGAUGGAUAUUCGAUGUCUGUUGUUAAAAGCAGGGAGUUUGUGGGGGGUUUGGAGAUUGGCUUGUCUUUGCCUGUGGUGUUGAUGGAUGCAUUUGCUGGAUUCUUUGCUGAUGCUCUGAAGAAAUGAUUAAAUUUUCUUUUAUUUUUAAUUUGUUCUUUUAUAUUCUCCUAGAGUUUUGAGGGUUUAUUGCAAUUAGCACCCCAUGUAUUUACACUAAUUAUCAAGAAACUACUCUUGUUAUAAA